UGUCGUCAUGACGCGUCUGCAGCUCAUCCGGGUCAAAAGGCGUCAGCAUGGACACAGGAGAUGUUCUUGCCUCUCUGGGAGUAGAGGGAGCCACUGCGGCUGCGCACGCGCUCUCUCUUCCAGCAGAAGCGUAUGGAAACGAUGCCCAACUGGAAGUAAUGUGGGCUAUGAAAGCCUACAAUCACGCAGAAGUUUACUAUAAUCUUAUUUCCUCAGUCGAUCCCAAAUUUCUAAAACUAACGAAAUCAGACGAGCAGAUAUAUUCUAAAUUCCGGGAAGCAUUUCCUGACCUCAGUAUUCAAGUUCUGGACCCGGAGCUGCUGAAGUCAGCCGAUGCUAAAGAGAAAUGGAGGCCCUUCUGUAACCAGUUUGAUGGAGUUGUAGAGGACUUCAAUUAUGGUACAUUAUUACGUAUAGACUGUCAAAAGGACUACACCGAGGAGAACACGAUAUUUGCGACCAGAAUCCAGUUUUAUGCCAUCGAGAUUGCGAGAAACAGAGAAGGAUGCAACGACUUUGUCCACAAAGCCAAUUCAAACACCAAACAACAGAAGAAAGAUGAGAGUUAAUCACAACUGCUUGAUGUUUGAAGUUGCCUUUUCGGUGUGGAGGAGAUCUUCCUACACAAAGCUAAACAUAAACACUUAUAAACGUUCUGCUUAUUUUUGCCUCCUUGUGUAAAAUGUAAGAGUUGGUUUCCUCAUUUGUAUUAAAAAGCUGGAUGGUUAUUCAUUCAAUUUUGAUUUCCUUG